AUGGACCUCAUUCGUACCGGUGAUGCAGAUGAGCAGCCAGAUGAUGCUAGCGAGGAUGAGACCGGCCCUGUCCUCUCUGGGACAUCUGGCCUCAUGUUUGCAGACCUGGUCAGUGACGAGGAGACGCAGAAGUCGGGGAAGUGGGACUUCGGACAGCAUGAAGCAGAGGAUUCUGCCACGACGCGGUCUGCUUUGCAGGCGAAGAUCAGGGAAAAGCUCGAAGAAUCUGGGCGAGGGAAGGGCCUGAAAAAGAAAAGGAAGCAAACGACGGGAACGACCAAGGCGCAGGAACCAGAGCCAGAAGAGCCAGAGCAAGUGGAGUCAGCACCUGUAGAGUCGCAAGGCACUCCUGAGCAUUUGCGGACCAAUAUCCACUUCGCUGACCUUCGCCUCUCAAAGCCUCUUCUGCGAGCGUGCUCUGAGUUGAAGUUCGAAUGCCCUACACCUGUGCAGAGGGAUGUCAUCCCAUCAGCUCUCGGCGGUUCCGACGUUUUGGCGACGGCUGAAACAGGUUCCGGCAAGACGGCCUCAUUCUUGUUGCCAAUGCUAGAGCGCCUGUGCCAAAGCAGCAGUGUGCGCGCACGCCGACGAGAUGCAGCAGGGCGAUUGAUUUUAGGACCUGUGGGCACAAAGGCUGUAGUCUUGAUACCAACUCGAGAGCUUGCAGUGCAAUGCCAUUCCAUGCUCCAGCGCCUGGCGAAGUACACGAUGGUGACUCACCAACUGGUCGCCGGAGGCUACAUUGCACACGACCAGGCAGCCUCGCUGAGACAUCAGCCAGAUCUGGUGGUAGCUACACCUGGCAGACUUUUGGACCACCUGAUGAACACACAAUCCGUUCACAUGGAAUUGCUAGAGAUUGUUGUUUUCGACGAAGCUGAUAGGCUCUUGGAGAUGGGCUUCCGACAAGAAUGCUUGGAGGUGCUGAAGCGCUGUGCAAAGGGUUGUCAGACAAUGCUUUUCUCUGCAACGCUCAAUGCUUCAGUGGAAGAUCUGGCAGCUUUGGCGCUGGUCAAGCCGCAACGAAUCCACGCGAGUCCUGUCAAUGCAGUUGCUCAGACUUUGGAACAGGAGUUUGUGAAAGCCCCCAGUGCAGAGCUGCGUGAGGCAGCCUUGCUCAGCUUGGCGUCUCGCAACUACAAUUCCAGAGUCAUCAUUUUUUGCUCCACCAAGGAGGUGACCCAUCGUCUGGCAAUUAUCUUCGGGCUUUCUGGUCUGAAGUUUGCAGAGAUCCACGGAAACCUAUCACAGGUUGCGCGUGCGGCUUCACUCCAGCAAUUCCAGAAUGGAGAGGCCAACUUCCUCCUUGCCACCGACAUCGCUUCCCGUGGGUUGGACUUGCCAGACAUCAAGACGGUCAUCAACUUUCAGCUUCCAGUCGAUGUCACUCGCUACAUCCACCGUGUUGGCCGAACGGCACGGAUGGGCCGUGCAGGGCGAGCAGUGACUAUCUACUGCCCAGACGAAUACACCAAGGUGAAGCAGCUUGGGCGGCAAUGUUGCAACAAGGUGAAAUCCAAGGUGUUGCGCCGCAGCAUCGCAGCGGAGGCCAUCCAACAUUGGGCUGAUCGCAUAGCAGGCUUUGAGCAGGAUAUCAAGUCCAUCAUUGAAGAGGAACAGGUGGACAAGGAGCUCGAACUUGCAGAUUUGCUGACUCAGAAGUCAGAGAACAUGCAGAAGUACAAGCAGGACAUCCAAUCAAGGCCGGCCAAAGAGUGGUUCAUGUCCAACAAGGACAAGCAGAAGCAGCAGUGGGAGGACCAGAAAAAGCGGAAAAUGCAAGAGACAAACGACUUGGAAGACGACACCUCAAGCAAGAAAAAGAAGGAGAAGAGGAAGGGACCACUUACCGAGGAAGAGCUAGAGGAAAGAAGGAAAGAAAGGACCAGGCAGCGAGUCCUGGCGAAGCGCGAAGCUGAGAAGAAGCAGCGCCUCGAGGAGCAGGCGAAAGCCCGCGCAUCUGCAAGAAGAGGCCGCAAGGCAAACCAGAAGCAAAAGGGAGAUAGAGCAGCCCCCACGAUUGGAGAACAGAAGUUUAAAGAGAAAGUCGAAAGGCGGAAAAAGAAGGGGAAGGGAGAGGAAAAUGAGCGCAGAGCCAACAGCAACAAGGACACAGCAACAAGGACAGCAUCAAGGCCGAACAAUGUAGCAAGAUGCAAAAAUACAACACUUCGCCCGUAG